AUGUAUGGGACAGGGAGCACCGUGGCGUCUGUCGGUGCGAGGGCAGGCACCGGAUCGCGGUCAGAGGCAGCAGGGUUGCGGGGCUGUUGCUCCCCAGUUGAUCCCGCGCCCGGCUCUGGGCGGGCUGGCGGCGGGGCAGCCCCCUCCUCUCCGUCGUGCAGAGGUGGCACCCAGCAGGCCCAGCUGCAGGCUUCUCGAUGGAGACGCUGGGCUCCUUCGUGUCUCCUGCCGACUGCCCAGGCGGACGGGAAAGCGGGACCUGUUGAUCUUUACCGUCCCUCUCUUGCCUUGCAGCUUUUCCUGGACGAUGCCAAAGUGAAGAACUUCAUCACCUGCUUUAAAGACCAGCAGUUCCUGGCCUUCUUCUUCAAGCAGCUGGAGGUGAACCGGAGCGGGCGGUACCAGGACACCUUCCCCUACCUGUCGCCCUGCGGCCGGGAGCACAACUACGUGCGCUGCGAUGACCGCCCCAUCGUCUUCACUCAGCUCCUGCAGGACGCGGGUGGGCAUCAGCUGCUCUCCUACUGCGGCGCCGGGCCCCGCCUGGCCGUUGCCUUCAAGCCCACCAAGCUGGCCAUGCUCCCCGAGAAUGGCCGCCUCUACCACCCAGCACCCCCCAAGGCCGGCGGUGUGGGGCUGGUGAAGUCGGGGCUGGCAUUCGAGCUGAGUUCCUGCUUUGAGUACGGUGAGGGCCCCGGGCAGCCCCCCACCCACUUCUGCUGGCAGGGCGAGCGCCACCUCCUCACCAACGAGCUGCUGCCCAUCCUCCGUGCCUGAUGCCCGGCGCGAACCCGGAGACUGCCCUGGCGGUGUUGGCUGGAAAGGGGCAGCCUGCCGUGCCCCGGGCCUGGAGCAGGGACUGCCAGCUCCGUCCACCCCCCGGGAAACCGGAGCAGGUGCGAUGUGUGCUCCGGGCUGGUGUCAUGACUGGCUGUGGCAGGAGAGGGGGGAGUCCCGGCACACCGCUCUCCCCCAUGCCCAUGCACUCGCUGCUGGGUGCUGUGCUCGUGUCCCGGGCCCCGGGGGAGAGCCAUCCCCUGCUGGGCUCUCCGGGGAGGGGGCGGCAUGCACGUGAGCCGCGCUCCUGUCUGUAUCGGGGCGAUUAUCUCUGCCUGCGCUGGCCUGGGAUUAGCCCAGGGACUUAAAGUGCCUUCCACACAGA